UAUGGGUGCUUUAUUUGCACUUAGCUCUCAUGUCUCAUGCCCUGAGGUGUGCUUCAUUCUGGCCUUUUGGCAGUUCAUUUAGUUUUUUCAUCAACACCAUGGCCUCUGCUACUAGAUCUUUUGGGCGGCAAAAAUGCUGCAAAUCAGACGUUGACAACCAAAGAAAACAAUCUGUCCUUCAAGGUGUCUCUCUUGUUUGUCCUCCAACUUUUAUCCAUUUGAUGAUCUGUUUGGGUCCUAAACCUGUCAGACGUCUAAUUCUGAUUAUUACACGAGCUAUUGUUGUCAUGAAGGGCCUGAAUUUAUUCUUUUCCGUUGUCUGUGUACAAAAAACUCGGUAUCGUGUAAUAACGCUCGGCAAGUUUAAUCAAACUGAGAAUGUAAAUACAAGAAGGAAUGGUUCACUGUAGCCACGUUAGACUGGUCUAAUCAAACCAAUAAUUGAAUCUUAAGAUUGGGUUUUCUCUAAAGUGUAAGAGCCCGCAAAACAAGCCCAUAAAUGCGCCGUAGUUUUCGAGAAACUCCACUUGUUCUAUCUCCCUCCUGUCCUAACAAAAUGAAGAAAAUGGCAAAUACUCAAAUAGCCAGAUCUAAUUCUUAGUAAAAAAUCUCCGGAAACGAAUGAAACAGCAAGUAAACUGAAAGAAAAGGGAUGGCGAGUGGGAACGUGGAGAGCCUGGAUCAGCUGCCUAUGGCCCUUUUGGCUACCAUCAUGACGAAGCUGGAUAUCUCUUCAAUCUGCUCAUUGGCUGUCACAUGCAGAAAUUGCAAUUCCUGUGCUUCUCAUAUCCUCUCUUUUCUUCCCAAUUUCCAUAUCCUUGACAUUUCGCCAUCUAUGGAAUUGAUCAAACCACUGUUGCCACCAAAUCCUUACCUUAAAAGCUUAAAGCUUGAUUGUUGUCAACUUAAUGAUUCAUCCGUUGAGCUAUUACUUCGACCUUCUUUACAGGAACUUUGCUUACGCAAUUGUGCAGAUUUUAGUGGAAAACUACUCUCUGAAAUUGGAUCACGAUGCAAGGACGUAAGGUCUCUCUACUUGGGUUCAGUGGCUGAGAAAAGCGGUCGGGCAAUACAUACUUCUGAUCUGAAGGAACUACUCAGUGGUUGCACCCAAUUAGAAGCAAUUAGUCUGAUGUUUGACAUAUCACUAUUUCUUCGUCAUAACGUUGCUCGGAUUUGGGCUUUAGCUUCAGAAAAGCUCACUUCUCUUGAGGUUGGCUACGUAUCUUCGGUCACAGUGACUGAACUGCUUAGCCCCAAUGUUGGACCACAUCAGUGCCUAAAUCAAGUUCGACCAUCUAUAUUGCCUGGCAUCCACAAAUUAUCGCUUUUUGUAGAUUAUAUUACAGAUACUAUGGUCGGUACAAUCUCAAAAGGUCUCGUCUUAUUGACACACUUGGAACUUCGAGAUGCACCCCUCAUAGAACCAAGAGUUACAUUUGAUCUUACCAACUCUGGCCUUCAACAAAUCAAUCACCAUGGGAGAUUGAAACAUCUUUCUCUUGUCAGGAGCCAGGAGUUCCUCAUUACUUACUUUAAGCGAGUUAAUGAUCUUGGGGUCCUACUUAUGGCUGACGAGUGUGAGAACAUCGAAAGCAUUUGCCUUGGUGGCUUUUGUCGUGUUACAGAUACAGGGUUUAAGACAAUUUUGCAUUCUUGCUCAAACCUGUACAAGCUUAAGGUGUCCCAUGGAUCCCAGUUGACUGAUCUGGUUUUUCAUGACAUUGCUGCAACUUCCCUUUCUUUGACUCAUGUUAGCUUGAGAUGGUGUAAUCUUCUAACCAACCAGGCCAUCAGGAGUUUGGUCUGCAACAUAGGUCUCAAAGUUCUUGACUUGAGAAGCUGCAAAAAUCUUGGGGAUGAAGCCCUACCAGCUAUCGGCUCUCUCUGUGAAUUGAAGACGUUACUGUUGGAUGGCUCUGAUAUAACCGAUGUAGGAAUUGCAAACUUACGAUAUGGCGUUUUUAGCUCAUUGGUUUCAUUAUCUGUUAGAGGAUGCAAGAAACUUACAGAUAAAUGUUUAUCUGUUCUAUUUAAUGGCUCUUCUAAACUGGAGUUGCAAGAGCUGGACCUAUCUAAUCUUCCUAAUCUCUCUGAUAACGGAGUUUUAGCUCUUGCAAAAAGUCAGGUUCCAAUUUCUGAACUCCGAAUGCGACAUUGUCCACUCAUAGGUGACACUUCAGUCAUGGCACUAGCCUCAAUGCGGGUUGAUGGUGACAGAGGGCAUGGUAGUAGUUUGCGAUUGUUGGAUCUUUACAACUGUGGUGGCAUUACACAACUUUCAUUCCGGUGGUUGAAGAAACCUUAUUUUCCAAGAUUGAGAUGGCUAGGUGUGACGGGGAGUGUAAAUAGAGACAUUGUAGAUGCUUUAGCUAGGAAUAGACCAUUCAUGCAUGUUGCCUGCUGUGGUGAGGAACUAGGGACUGACCCGUUGAACAACUUAGAUGGUUCAUACGUGCACAACUAUGAGGAGUUGGAUGAACUUGAACAGUGGCUUCAGGAAGGAGAGGGUGAGAGUGGUGAGGAAGAGAUGGAGGAUGCUGAUGAUGAUGCAGAUGUGCUGUUCGAAUAAUUCCUGUAUGUAUAUUUACUCUGUACUGUAACUAGCUACUGGUGGAUGCGCUGUUAGCUCAUUAUAAACAUUUGCCGGACAUAUGUUACUGUGGUUAUGUUAUUUGUAAUUUUUGCUUCCGUGCUAGUUUUCAAAAUGCAGCAAGUUCUCUUUGAAUCGGACCAGCAGUUAAAGGAUUCAGAGAACUAUAUUUGUGUCAAGCAAUUUUUGGUCUCUUGGAUAACCUGACCUCAUUGGUUUUGCUUGAUGAUAAGCAUAUAGCAAAUGGAAUCAUGAAUCAUAAAGAUGCCAUGUAUUUCAAGUUAUAGAAUUUCCUUUUUCUUUUUUCACAUCUAGAAAUUCAAGUGUGACAUUGAAUAUUGCCACAGGAACGUCCAUUCCAACUUCCCAGGGCUGAUGAAUGUGUCAUGGCUGCUAAUGUUUCCGCGGAGGUCCUGAAUUCUAGGCUUCCAUCCCAUUCCCAUGAAUGCUGUCAGUUUUGCUGUCAUUUGCUACAAUGUGAUGGCCACAGAAACUGAUGUUAUCUACCUUUCUAUGCGUUAAUGAUAUUCGUUGGACAUCAAGGAGUUGGUUCUGAUGUACCACGACAUUCCGACUUUAUUUCCUACCUGAAAUGAUGAAAUUGAACGUGAACCAGUGAAAUUCUAGCCUCAGCUCAAGAUAGGACUCUUCUAACCGGUUGCAUUAGCAGUAGUUCGGAAAUGUCUCCAGAAAGUACAAACAUUGAUUUGGUUUUCAAGUCUUAUCCAUUUAAUCCUCAACUAAUUGAGAUUCAAUCAAGUUCAUGAAUCUAGGUAAAAACUGUUGUGGGCCUUAGUGAUGAGGUGGGUAAAAAAUUUGGUGGGCCAUUCCCAUUUAAUCGGAAUCCAUUUUCUUGUGGUCCAUUCCUCUUGUCAAACUACGUUGCCUGGGAUACAUGUCCCUGGAAGCCAUUGGAGGAGCUCAAUACCUCUAUUAAAGAAAACAAAGCAUGGGGUUGACUUCCAAUAUCAAGUGCAUUCUUUCGAUAUUAAACAAAUAAAUCACAAAAAUAAUAAAAUUUGUUCAUGUUUAAUUCGUUUACAUCCCAAUUCUCAUAAUAUUCCUCUUUUAUCUACACAAAUUACAGAGGACAGAUAAAGCAGGCUGAUUUUUGGAAUUCCUCCAUGUUUGGAGAAGACUGGACCACGAGCCUAAUAACAUUACACCAUCUAGGGUUUUAAUACUAAUGGAUCAGCAACAGUAAACAAAAUCUUUGAGAUUUCUAUAUCUUUUUAUGUAUAUUCUUCAAACAUUGGAAUUGCUUUAUUCUGCCAAACUUCCCACCGGGCGUUGGCCCAUCUUAGGUUGUAUUUGCCAG